UCUGACAGUGCGCUCCCGUCGUCGCCGCUGUCGCCGUCGCCAUCGCCGUCGUCGCCUCCGCGAAGCGUAUCUUGGGCGUCGCGACGUCGGCGACGCUCUCGUUCGCAUCUCUCUCUCUCUCUCUCUCGCUCUCUCUCUCGCUCUCUCUCGCUCACCUCUUGGCCGUCGUCUAUCGUCUGUAAAUAUCGCCCUGUCUCUCUCUUUCUCGUUCUUUUUCCAUCUCUCUCUUCCUCAAAUCGCUGGCGUCGCGACGGGCGAGUUUCCGAUCCGGAGAAACUCUCUCUCGCGCGCGCGAGAGAAAACAGUGCCAUCGAGGAUUUCUCGUCUGAAAACCGGACGACGGGAAGGUGACGUUUCUCUCCUUUACGGCGCGCCGCGAGCAGCGUAAUCCCAAGUGCAGCCCGUCUUUUGUGCGCGAUUAGAUCAGUUCGCGAGAAUAUUCCGCGGUGGACAGGCGGCGUGGGGAAUAUUUAUAUCUCCUCUCGCACGCACGGGGAUGCCGCGAAUUCCCUCGAGAGCGGAGGAAACGCGCCUGCUUUAGCGUCAUUCUCGCGAAUCGCGAUCUUUUUCCGUUCGACGAUGGUCGAGUUAACCCCAUGUUUUAUAUAUGUGCGUAAGAUAAACAAGACUCGAGACAAGUUUACGUUUAUUUGAAACGUACGUGUUUUUAUUUAUUAUCAGACAAGUAUUAUUUGUCGUAAGAUGAAGCAUGCAUUCGGGGAUGCACUCUCAGGUGCCAGCGAGAAGAAAGCGGAUAUUCCCGGUGGAUCGUGAAAUAGUGAAUCGGCUGUUCGACAGCUGUGUGUGAUUGAAAUUCUUCUCGUCACGUGAGAAGGGAGGACCUCGCGAAUGCGAGAAUCAUGUUGCGUCCUGACGCCGCAAGACCGUUUUUCCUGGGGCGGGUUUCUGUUGUGCUGUGCCGAUAGUAAAUUAUUCCUUCCCUGGACGGAUCAUUGUUCCGGAUAUAUAUCGCGCACUGGAAUGCAGAGUAAGAUGCAAACCUUCAGCAGUCUUGCCUUCGGGAACGUGUUCAGGAAAAAGGCAAACAAGAUGACCGGGGGACCUCCGGUGGGCAAUGCACCGCCUCCACCUACGCUCAUCAAUAAAAUCAAGUAUCAACCCGGCGGACCUGUAAUUAAAAAGGAUAAACGGCAAAGCAGCUCGAGGUUCAAUAUAUCGAAAAAUCGGGAAUUGCAAAAAUUGCCGCUGUUGUCCGAAACGCAACAGGGAAACGAACGGGAGGAACUUUUUAUACAGAAGCUACGGCAAUGCUGCGUCCUCUUCGACUUCGAGUCCGAUCCCUUGUCAGAUUUGAAAUGGAAGGAGGUAAAGCGCACUGCCCUCCACGAGAUGGUCGAGUAUGUAACCAAAAACAAAAAUGUUAUUACCGAAGCGAUAUAUCCCGAAGCGGUAAACAUGUUUGCAGUGAACUUAUUCCGGACGCUACCUCCAUCAUCAAAUCCUAACGGCGCGGAAUUUGAUCCAGAAGAGGACGAGCCAACAUUGGAGGCAGCUUGGCCGCACUUGCAGCUUGUUUACGAAUUUUUUUUGCGACUGCUAGAGUCGCAGGACUUCCAGCCAUCUAUAGCGAGGCGCUAUAUAGAUCAAAAAUUUGUGCUACAGCUCUUGGAAUUGUUCGAUUCUGAGGAUCCGAGAGAGAGGGAUUUUCUCAAGACAACCCUCCAUAGGAUUUAUGGAAAAUUCCUGGGCCUCAGAGCAUACAUUAGGAAACAGAUAAAUAAUGUUUUCUAUCGAUUUAUAUAUGAGACGGAGCAUCACAAUGGCAUUGCAGAGUUGCUUGAAAUCUUAGGAAGUAUUAUAAACGGCUUUGCUCUACCGUUGAAGGAAGAGCAUAAGGUGUUUUUGUUAAAAGUCCUAUUACCCUUGCAUAAGGCUAAGUCAUUAUCCGUGUAUCAUCCACAAUUAGCGUAUUGUGUCGUUCAAUUUUUGGAAAAGGAUCCAUCGUUAACGGAACCCGUAAUUAGAAAUCUGCUAAAGUUCUGGCCAAAAACACAUUCCCCUAAAGAAGUUAUGUUCUUGAACGAGCUUGAGGAGAUCUUAGACGUCAUCGAGCCAGCUGAAUUCCAAAAAGUCAUGGAUCCGUUGUUUAGACAGUUAGCCAAGUGUGUGUCGUCGCCGCAUUUUCAGGUGGCAGAAAGGGCUCUCUAUUAUUGGAAUAACGAAUACAUAAUGUCCUUGAUAUCGGACAAUUACUCCGUCAUUUUACCGAUAAUGUAUCCAGCUUUUUAUAGAAACUCUCGUAACCAUUGGAACAAGACAAUUCAUGGUUUAAUUUACAACGCUCUGAAACUUUUUAUGGAGAUGAAUCAAAAAGUAUUCGAUGAAUGUACAACACAAUAUUAUCAGGAGCGUCAAAGGGAGCGAAAGCUCAUGAAGGAUCGAGAUGAAGCAUGGAUGCGCGUGGAAGCGCUCGCUAUGAGGCAUCCAAACUAUAAUACGGCAAAUAAAAGCACAACGAAUAAUACAUUAUAUAUGUCACCACAGCACAUAGAUAGCUCACCGCCCGAUGAAGACGGUGAUACAGAUCAAACUCCGCUUACUUUGGAGAAAAUCGAAGCUAAAGCUAAUGAGGCGAAGAAAAUGACAAAUGUAAACAAAGUAAAGCCGCUUUUACGAAGGAAGAGCGAUUUACCGCAGGAUUCGUAUACAAUGCGGGCAUUGUCCGACCAUAAACGCGCCGAUGAAUACCUUGUCACGCCACCAGAUCCGAAUAAUUGCUAGUCUCUACCACAAACCCUUCCCAUGUAUCCUUUGUUUUGCUGUAGUAACAUCGGAAGUUAGUUUUUUUUCUAGGGGAAAACGGCGAUAUAAGAACGCAAACAAUUUAGCAACAAGAAUCCUAUUGUGCGAAAUCUAUAACCGUAUUAUUAUUUUAGCAUGUAUCUCAUUGUAUUUGUUUAUUUUAAUAGAGAAAAAGAAAACCCUACUUUUUCCUGCUGCGUAUCAUGCGAUUCAAAGAGACAGUACAUAGAUAUCAUAGAAGCUUACAGAAGAAACUUUCAUUUUUCGUAGAAAUGCGUUGUAUUUAUUUCUUCAUUAUUAGAAAAAGAAAAUUACAGCUGCGAGUGAAACUGUAAUCACAUUGCUAUAUAAGAUAUGCAUACGAUAAACAAAAAGGGCUCUAAAUACACUACUCGUAGAAUCUCCAUCACAUUGGAGACACCUUGGGAUGCUACUUUCUUGCUACGUCUCAACAAUAAAAUAAUACGGAUAAGAUAUGUAAAACGAGAUGAUUACGGAUACUGCGGUUGUAACGGAUUUGGUAUAUUCUACAAAAGAUUUUAUAUACUGAUGAGAGAGCGGUGAUUGUGUGUGCGGGAAUGUGAUCGCGAAGAUAUAAACGUAUGCUCGAUGUUGUAACCCAUACUAUGCGCGCUAUGCGAGCUUGUUGUGUUAACAAUCUUGCAAAUAAUGUUUCCAUUUAUGUGCAAAUGAUAUAUACAUAUAUAAAUAUACGUACUUGCUUUAACACUACAGGCUCGUUGUAGUUAAAGGAGAAACGAAUAAAUGAGACGAAGGGAAAAGGAUAUACGCUGGUGCGCGUAAUCUUAGGAUGUAUAUGAUAGUGCUAUUUUAAAAAUAAUAGAUUGCUACGAGAAUAUCUGAAUACUUCUGAGUGUACUACUUUUAUAUCUGUUGUGCCUAGAUGCCUGUGGAAUGCAUUCACGAAAAAAAAUAUGCCUCCGCGCGUGGGGCCUAUACACUGCAAACAGCAAAAAUAAGCAGCGAGGUUACAUGUCGCUUUGCCAAAUAUAAUCGAUAUUACAGGAUUUCAGUAAUGCUUGCAUAACAUGUUGCGUUGUUAACUCAUUGACCUUGGGAUUAAUUAAAAAAAAAAGAUUAUACUGUUGCGGCCACAAGAGGUGAAAGGGAGAAAAAUAAAGGAAGAAGAGAAAUAUUAA